CGGCAGUCAAGACGCUCAGCGGGAGAGGCGGGUGUAGUCCACCAGAUCGCCGUUGCAGAGGAAGAUAUGCAAGGUACAUCCGAUUCGGAAGUCGAUCAGAAGCUCUUCGACCGAAGACGGCGUGCCCAAAACCCCCUCGUUCCCAUCGGGGCGUUCGUGACGGCGGGAGUGCUGGUGGCGGGGCUGAUGAGUUUCCAGCAAGGGGACUCGCACCUAGGGCAGAAGCUAAUGAGGGCUCGGGUCAUUGCUCAAGGCGUCACCGUCGCUCUCAUGGUCGGCACUGCUUAUUACUGCGGCCAGAAAUCUGCGAACCACCACCUCUAACCCCAAUCGCCGAGAGCGAAUUGACCUCGACUUUCUGUCUUGCGUAAAAUAAAGAUCUCUCGCUUUCCCACCUCGGUACUUUUAGUUGAACUCUCCGUUAGAUUCCUGUUUUC